UAUGAUUAUAAUAUUUCUCUUGUUCUCAGAGGGCCAAAGAAAAGCUAAUUUUGAAGAAUAUGAUGCAAAGAAACGUGAGAAUGCUCAAAAGAUCGUUGAUCUUAAGAAAGAGAUCAAAGAGCUUUAUGUGAAAUAUGCGGGAGCGAAAACUAAUAAAGAAGCGAUGAAACGGGCGGCUCUGCUGAGUCAUGAUUUUAUAGCUUGUUCGAAAAAACGCAAUUUGGAGGAGAUUAUUGCUACAGCAAGUGAGAAUAAUAUACGUCUAAGAAAAAAACUAGAUUUAAUUAAAUAUGAAAGAGAGAAGCAAGAACAGACUUUAAAUGUUUUACAAACAGAACGCAAGGAAUUGGCGCGUAGACGCGGUCAUUGCGUGUUCAAGAGGAAGACUGAAAAACCUAUGAAAAGGAAAAUCGAGGGUUUGGAAGUUCGGUUGGAGCAUAUCCGAAUGAUGCAAAUUAAAGCGAAUAUCUCGCGCAUGAAAUAUCGUUCCGUUUCCUCCAAGUUAAAAGAGAAAUCUGUCUUUUACGCCUCUUCUUUGAAAGAUCUAGAAGACGGCAUAAGACAACAAGAGAACGAGAUCAAACGCUUACAGGGAGUAAAGGAAGAAGCUAUAGAAUUGAGAGAUAACACUCAAGAAACCCUGGUGAAGGAGGAAAUCGAGGAGACGAAUUCCAGCAAAAAACGCGAUUUCGUCAUCAAAGAAUACAGACAGCGCGUGUCGGAGCGAAAAAUGGAAUUGGAGAGGCUGGAGCGCAUGAUAUUUCAUACUCGUCCGCGGGAUGAUUUCGAAACACGCGGGAAAAAUCGGAUACAGGCACAAGAAGACAUUAUCAAGGACGAACUGGCGCGGCUGGAGGAAACGUUCGCCAAACUGCGGAAUGCUACCGGAGUGUCCAGGUCAGAGGAAGUUCUGAACCGGUUUCUGGGUCAGCAGGCGACCAAGGAGAGUCUACAGAAAAUGCGAGCGGCGACGGAACAAGAGAAGAUGAUGCUUGAAAAGAAAAGGCAGGAGCUCAGCGCCGAGAUAGAAACGAGAAAAUUUUCGGAAACGAAAAGCACCGAACAAAACGCAGAGAUAGUGGCAAAACUCAACUCACAAAUUGACGAACAACAAUGUCGUAAAGAGAGAGCCGAGAUUGCAAGUCGGCGAGUCCGGGAGGUUCUAAAUGACGUAUCUAGUACGCUGUAUAAACUGUACGAAAAGUUUCAGGUGAGAAAUAUCAAUUAUAAAUCUAUGGAAGACAAAGUCUAAAAUUGCCUGAUGGUUUAAAAUGGAUUCUGUGCUUAGAAAAGAAUAAAUCCACGAUUUACAAUUCACAAAACGUAUAUUU